CCUUACGUGGACUUACCGGACGGCGGACGCAAGAGGGCCAAUGGUAGAGAGAAUGCUAAAAAGCAGAGCAUCUUGACCCAUUUUUCCACUGCUGACAUCAUUAGACAAUCCACACAAACACUUGGAUUCUCCCUCCUCUCCACCACGUCCAAUAUGCCCCCAACCCCUAUGAGAAAACAGGGAUGUAGUGGAGUGACAUGCCCGAACCCAAGUCAUCUGCCAUGAUACUACGGUGGGUGGCCAGAGAAGCCAUCAAAAGCCAAAAAGCCACCACCAUGUUGUUCCUCGCCCCAGGGGCUUACAACUCCUCUUAUUCCAGCACGGGGCACAACAUCUCCGGGUGACACUUGCAGGAGGCAGGUCAAAAGGAAGCCCACUUUUUCUUCCCCUCCCUCCCAUGUACCCUAUCACUCCUCCCAGAGGAUCCAGAUCAUGCGAACAAUUCCAGCAGACGAUUUGAUUCGCCAUGGUGUCAUGCCAAUCGCCCACAGUCCCUGUGGAGGCCCAAAUGGUGGAGCCUCUCGACGCGUUUUAUUCGUAUCACAACAUUGUUUACACCUCCUUUGAUUCGAGCAAGACCGGAUUCCCAUCGGGCUCCUGCUCUAUAAAAAUGCAUCGACCUCUACUCUCCCCUGCCAUUGCAAACGAGCCACCGUAUCCAACACUUUUUUGUCUUGUAAACUCGGUUGCAAGUCUCCUUUUUCUCUGUGUUGUUUGAUCAUGUCGAGGGAUCCGCUAGUCAUCGGCAAUGUCGUCGGUGACAUCCUGGACCCAUUCGUCAAGUCCGCAAACUUGAAGGUGACUUACAACAACAAGGAGCUGAUCAAUGGGUCCGAGCUCAAACCUUCGACGAUCGCCGACGAGCCCAGGGUCGAGAUCAGAGGACGUGACAUGAGGACGCUUUACACGCUUGUGAUGGUGGACCCUGAUGCACCAAGCCCCAGCACACCAACCAAGAGAGAGUAUCUGCAUUGGUUGGUGACAGACAUCCCAGAAACAACAAAUGCCAGUUAUGGGAACGAGAUAGUCACCUAUGAGAGUCCCCGACCCAUCUCUGGAAUCCAUCGCUUUGUGUUUGUGCUGUUCCGGCAAUCCGUCCGGCAAACAAUCUAUGCACCGGGAUGGAGGCAAAACUUCAGCACAAGAGACUUUGCAGCAGUCUACAACCUCGGGGAUCCUGUUGCUGCCAUGUUCUUCAACAGCCAGAGGGAGAAUGGGUGCGGUGGAAGAAGGUGCUACCAACCUGUCAAUGGAUGGAUGUGAUGAUGGUCUUCUUUGGACUGCAAAGAUUUCUCGGCAGGCAGAUCAGGAAGACCUACAGCGCAGCCAUGCAAAGAUGGAUGAGAUGCGUGCUUUAAAUUAAAAAGCUUUCCUAACUACUUUGUGUUCUUGUCUGUCUGUUCCAUUCUCCUACCUGGGGAACUUGCUUGUAUCAGUGAUUUGAUGAAGCGAAGAUGUCGAUGAUAUUUGGCAUGAGCAGAA